AUGGGGUGGUGGAGGUCCUAUGCUGGCGAUGAGAGAUUUUCUAGCUCAACUCUCACUAUUUUGUUUGGUAUAUUUGUGGUGUUAUGGUUGGCUGUCAAGAAACAAAGAAAGGCUGCAGUACCUCCAUUGCCACCAGGUACAGAACUUCAUACAAAAUUUGAACAACUGUAUGGGAUCUAUGGCCCCAUCUAUAAGGUCUGGCUUGGAAACAAAUUGUGCAUUGUGAUUAGCUCACCCUCACUAGUUAAAGAAGUUGUUCGUGACCAAGAUGCAAUAUUUUCCAACCGUGAUAUUAACAUAGUUGGACUUUCUCUCUCAUACGGGGCAGUUAAUAUUGGUCUUUCCCUGAAUGGUCCUAACUGGAAGAUGUUGCGGAAGAUGUUUGUGAGAGAGAUGUUAAGUCCAGCAAAUCUUAAUAGUACAUUUGCUUUACAAAAAGAAGAGGUAAGGAACACCAUUAAAAGUCUGUAUGACAAAAAAGGCACACCUAUAGAUUUAGGGGACCUGGUAAUUAUUUAUCAUUCUCGGAAAAACAAUGUUUCGGAUUUUUUCCCGGCUUUAGCCAGCUUUGAUUUACAAGGGAUUGGAAGGAAAGCAAAGAGAAUUUUUGAAACCAUUGAUGGAGUACUUGAUUAUGCCAUUAAUAGACAGAUCAAGAGUUUGGCCAAAGCCAAAGAAGAGGGAAUGACAAAGACAAGACAAAAGUACUUUUUGGAAGUUCUCUUGGAACUAAGGGAGCAAGACUACGGUACACCAUCAAAGAGCAUGACACAACUUAAGGCUAUGGUUCUUGACAUAGUGGUGACUGGAUCCGACACAACAACAACUAUGUGUGAAUGGGUGAUGGCAAGGUUGUUGAAGCAUCCAGAGAUAAUGAAAAAGGUUACUGAAGAAUUAACAGAAAUUGUGGGGUUGGACAACUUAGUUGAAGAAUCUCAUUUGCUCAAAUUACAUUAUUUAGAAGCUGUUAUUAAAGAGACGUUCCGUGUGCACCCACCUGGUCCUUUCCUUUUAGUUCGUACUCCAAGUGAAUCUAGCAUCAUUGGAGGGUACCAUGUACCCAAAGGUUCUAGUAUUUUCUUGAAUGCUUGGGCUAUACAAAGGGAUCCAAAGUAUUGGGGGAAUCCCUUGGAAUUUAAACCUGAGAGGUUUCUAAAUAAUGCUUAUGGUAGGUUUGAUUAUUUGGGCAACAGCUUUAAAUAUUUUCCAUUUGGGUCAAGGAGAAGAAUAUGUGCAGGGCUGACACUAGCGGAGAGGACACUCAAGUACAUCUUGGCUUCAUUUUUGCAUUCCUAUAAGUGGAAAUUGCCACUAGGUUCAGAGAUAGAAUUUUCUGACAUUUUCAGUGUUGUUACCAAGAAAAAGAAUCCAACCAUUAGAAUUCUAACUCCAAGGUUAUCUAAGUUUGAGCUCUACACAGAAUAG